ACCACAUACAUUCAUACCAAGACAGUUUAAGCUUAAUGGCCUGCACAUCAAGCAAAACAAUGUCAAAUAUAUUUUGAAGCUAUGUUUAAAAGUAUAUUAAAGCAGAAAUGUUAAUUGUUAAAACUUGGGUUACACUCUCAAAAACGGUGUCUUCCUAUCACUGGUGGAAACACUGCGCGCCAUGGCUGAGGAUUUAUUAAGUUUAUGAGUGUGGCUUGUCUUUGUGAGCAGGUGAGAUGAUAGAAAACCUUUAAACAACCAUGUGUGGUUUUUUCCUAAAUCAGUCUGUGUGAAGGUGUGAGGAGAGAAAAACCUGGCUGGUAACAACUGAGCGGCUGUGGACCUGUCUGUCUGUCUGUCUCUCCUUCUCCCAGCCUGUGGUGCGUGAGCGCGCCGCAAUUCUGAUCGGCGCGCGGAUGAUGAUGAUGAUGAGAGCGUGACCUCACCGCUUUCUGCACAGCUGCUGGAGAGAGGGGGGAGACACACGGAGAGAGAAAGCGAGAAACAGAAACACGUUGAGGGAGACAGAGCGAGAGAGAGGCACGGGAACACAGCGGAGAACAUUCACAACACAGGGGGAACUGCUCGGCGCGCGCUGGGGGACUCUGUCGCGGGGCGUCCGUUUGGCUGCUUUCCGCCGGUCCUCCUCCCAGAAUGUUCUGUGCCCCCGGUUCAUUUCUACGGUACACGAACCAGUCGCCGCGGCGUCCCCACGGACACUGAAGCCCAGAUGCUCACCCUCUCCGCCGACAUGGACGAGUCUUCGUCUCUGCUGGAUCUGCUGGAGUGCUCGGUGUGCCUGGAGCGCCUGGACACCACGGCCAAGGUGCUGCCGUGCCAGCACACCUUCUGCCGCCGCUGCCUGGAAAACAUUGUCAGCUCCCGGAACGAGCUCCGCUGCCCGGAGUGCCGCAUCCUGGUGGACUGCGGGGUGGACGACCUGCCGGCUAACAUCCUUCUGGUUCGCCUCCUGGACGGUAUUAAGCAGCGGCCCCAGCGAGGGAGCGGAGGAGGAGUAGGAGCAGGCGGCAGGCAGUCCCUGGCCGGGGGCUCGCUGCAGGGGUACGCAGCCGGGAUAUCCGCUUCUCCCCCGGGCAGUGCGAUCAGAGAGCUGCCAGUAGCCGUCAGGAGCUCCCCUGUUAAGAAUAUACCAGCGCUGCCUUGCGGUAAAGCCCUCUACUCCUACGAAGGAAAAGAACCAGGCGAUCUCCAAUUUUCCAAGGGUGACAUCAUCAUCCUGCGACGCAAGGUGGAUGACAACUGGUACCACGGCGAGCUCAACGGCUGCCAUGGUUUCUUGCCUGCCAGUUACAUCCAGUUGCUGCGUCCCCUGAGCCAAACUCCACCCCAGGGCAAAGCGCUGUAUGACUUUGAGGUCAAAGAUAAAGACCAGGAUAAAGACUGUCUGGCCUUCAGCAAGGAUGAGGUGCUGACAGUAAUCAGGCGAGUGGACGAGAACUGGGCAGAAGGCAUGCUGGGAGACAAGAUUGGCAUCUUUCCCAUUCUCUAUGUGGAGCUAAACGAAACAGCCAAGCAGUUGAUGGAGAUCGACAAGCCCACGCCGACUAACGCACCAGGUCCGAGCUCAGAGCCAGCCCCAUUGGGCUCCUGCUCUCCUGGCCCCUCCCCCAGCGCCUCGCCGUCCAAUGGAAAUGGCUCUGGUCAUCGGAGAGGUGAAGGGAAGAAAAACGCCAAGAAGAGGCAUUCGUUCUCUGCGCUGUCUGUCAGCCAGAGGGCCGCGCAACUCAACAACAGACACAGUAUGGAGAUCUCCCACCCGGUCCUCAUCAGCUCCUCUGACCCCAGAGCUGCUGCACGCAUCCAGGACACAUCUCACCCGGGUCCCUCUCCCUCCUCGGCAGGGGUACUGGUGCCCCCCAAAGUGGCAUCCAUAACCUCUGAGCUGCUGGCCCAUGCCAAGGUGCAGCUGCCACUCAACAUAUAUCUGGCUCUAUACGCCUACAAGCCCCAGAAGGCUGACGAGCUGGAGCUUAGGAAAGGGGAGAUGUAUCGGGUGACAGAGAAGUGUCAGGACGGGUGGUUCAAAGGCACCUCGCUGAGAACUGCUGCCUCCGGUGUCUUCCCGGGAAACUACGUCACCCCCGUGUCCAGGGCUCCGUUUGGAGCUGGUGCUUCUCGAAGCUCGUGUUUGUCCAGUCCAGUGGGUGGAGGAGGAGGAGGAAGUGGUUGUAGUAAAAUCUCCGACCCAUCAUCCCCAGGGUCCCCAGGGCCCUCUUCGUCCCGUCCCUCCACCCCACUGGUAAACUCAACCAACUCUGUUAACCCCGCCAGUCCAGCCUCCUCUCCGCAAACUGCCGCCGCCCAGCUAAAGAACUGCCUGCGCUCCAGUCAGCACACGGUUAACCAGGCACGCACCUCAAUGCAGCUGGUCCACAGUCCUCCUGCCGGAAGCCCAGAACGCCCCACGGUGGCCCUCUCCCCCCUGCGUCCCCAGAGUUCCUCCCCCUCACGCUGCCCGGGCCAAUCGGGUCGUCCUCUCUCCAUGGUGUCUCCUGGACCCAGCUUAGGGCCGUCACCCCUCUCCUCCCCCGCCUCCAGGCCCCUCCUCCCACUCUCCUCUCCUCUGUCUUGUCUCACGCCUCCUAACGUGUCAGCCGUGCUCCUCAACGGGGACCCAUCCAGCCCCCUGCAGCCGCCAUCGCCGGGCCCCUCCCACGCUCCCACCCAGGGCGUCCUCGCACCCAAAGCAGAGAAGAAGGAGAGGAAAGCAGGAGGUUUAUUAAAGCUCCUGUCAGGGGCGGCGGCCAAGAAGAAACCACGCUCACCUCCCUCCUCCCCGCCCACCCACGACCCUUCGUUGGCCGGCCAAGGCGCCGUCGCCACCGACCCGGCCCACCAUCCUCACCACCAUCACCACCACGCUCGCUCAGGUUCCUGUCCGAUGGCUUCGCAGGGGCGAGCCGGCUCCUGUCCAAUCGAGAGUGAGAUGGCGGGCGCUAUUGGGCUGGAGCCUCUGCACAGGAAGUCCGGUUCUCUGGACACCAAUUUCCCCUUGUCACCCCCGCCGACACGUGCUGGCAACGCUCUGAUGGUCCUCCGGCCUGAACCCAAACCCUUGUCCAGAGAGAGGUAUCGUGUGGUGGUCCCCUACCCGCCCCAGAGCGAGGCUGAGAUCGAGCUGCGGGAAGGGGACGUGGUGUUUGUCCACAAGAAGAGGGAGGACGGCUGGUACAAAGGCACCCUGCAGAGGACGGGACAGACCGGCCUGUUUCCCAGCAGCUUCGUCGAGAGCUUCUGAGCUGGAGAAAAAAAAAUGGACAAAGAACAAAACACUGUUCCUGUUCCUGAGUCGCAAAAACACACAAGCUUCACGGCUAUACACACACACCAAGAGUGGACCGACAUUGGUUUCUAAGAAUUACACUUUUGGAUUAAUCAUAGACACUGCAAAAAUAAAUUUGCUUUAAAAAGCUACUAAUUAUUCUGGAUUUCAAUGGAAAUUUUUAGUUUCACACGAUGGUCAAAAUGCUUUUUUAAACACUGAAAUAAUCAAAUUAGAAGCUGUUGAAUACUGGCACAAAAUAUCAUUAUUGGAAAUUGUCUUUAGAAUCCCAUAUCGGUCCAACUAAUUCACACACACACACUUACACGCACACACACACACAAGCAGGAAAGUUAGCCCCAAUUUCAACCAGCCACACAGCAAGCAGGGCGGCUUUUCCCGUCGCUCGCCCGGGGACAGCGUUGGGUCAGAGGGGCUCCUUUGGACUAAUUGUCCAGACCCGUGAUGUUGACUACUGAAGGCACACAGACUCAAAGAGCACAGAAAGACAAACCUGCCUCCCAGUUCUCCUCCUUGGCAUCAUCCACCAGCAAACAUUAGCACAAAAAGCAUUAGCUCUGCUUUCCACUGAGACCUCAGAACUUGAAUUCGGGUGCUUUCUCUGUUUGAAACGUGAAGAUUUAUCGCCAGGUGAUGAGGGCAGUGUGUGAGCCUACAGUCCAGGAUCAUUGUAAGCACAUCUCCAUGUCUAGUUUGUGACAACAAGCACAUGUUUCUUACCAACCCAUAUGUUAAUAACAAUGCAUGUAGCAUUAUUAUGUUUUUUUUUUAUAUAUAUAUGUUGAAAUAGAUGUUUGUGUUGUCCCAAACUAGUCAUGCUGUGAUGAUCUGUCACAAAACAAAAGGUGCAAAAAGUAAAAUAUCAAAUAGGUGAUUCAUUCUUCUAUUUAUAUAUCUUACAUACACUUUGCAGACAUGUUUUGUCCCCACAGCUGGGUUAAAGUGAAUAAACUGGCUUGCUGAAUGUAGGAAGAAGCAAAAGAGUUGUGCCAAAACUCUUAAAGAAUUGAUUUGUAUUGAUAAAGUUGUUUUUUGAUCUUUUAUGUGGGAUGAUAGAGACAAAGAAUGCACUUGAUAAUAUCUGAUAAAACCUGCCAAUAUAGCUAUACAUAUACAGUAUUUUACACACUCAGCUAUUAUUUAUUUGACAAACAGGAUUUCUGUUGCUAUUCUUCACAUCCUUCUUUUUAUUUUUUUUAAGCAGGCACAAACUUCUCUGGUGGUACAACAGUUCAGCCUUUUCAGUUUGAAAUAUAAAAAUUCCUCAACAAACCAACAAAAAGAUACAGAAACGGGCCUUUCAGAAAUACAAUACAUCCUUGCUAACAGUAACUCCUCUUCCUCAGCCUUUUCUUAAAGCUACACUAUGCAGGAUUGUUGGUGACCAGCGAAAAUGAACGUUAAAAGCCAACCCCCAAUUCACUCUUGUUUGGCGUUUUGCCUGCCUGCUGCUUACGGUCUGGCACCUGUUCAGUACCUUUUUAUAAAGCUCAGACCUCACCUGAGCGCUGUGGGGGUACAUGCCCAUAAACAUCCCAAGCACAGAAAAUAAGACAAUAAUUUGAAAAAUACAGGCAGAGGUCAAAGUCUCAAAGUGAUAGUUGAAAAGGAUUCCUUCUGUAUGAGUCAAUGUGUUGUGUUUUUAGGAGAACCCUGCAUAGUAUAUCUUUAAAAUAGUGUUGAGAAAUUUUGGCUGUGUUCGAAAUCGCAUACUACAUACUGCAUACUGCAUACUCAGUUAAUAAUUAAAUAUACCAUUACUUAAUGAUUGUUCAAAUUGAAGUACUCUCAAGCAAUUCGUCUUUAUUGCUUUACCCAACUGUGUUGAUCAUGGCGUUACCGGCCCAAGCUACCAGCAAAUGAAAAUUGUUUUUCACAAAUUUAGAUCAGUGUUACCUCUUCCGCGCAAUUAAUUAGUAUUAUUUUAAGGCAAAUUAAAGUUAAGUAUUUUAGCUUUAAAUGUGUUAUUCAUGGUAAAUUUUAUAUGCAACUCUACGGUUUUCCUCUUAAAGGACCAGUGUGUAGGAUUUAGCAGCAUCUAGUGGUGAGGUUGCAGAUUGCAACCAACUGAAUACCCCUCCCCUUGCAAAAUAUUUGUUUUCCUAAGAGGGCGACAGCAUGACCUGACCUACUCUGCCUUACUCUGCCUCUGAUUGGCUUAUCCUGACAUUCUUACCCUAAAUCUAACCAGUCUUACUCCUCUAACCAUGCCUACACCCUCCUAGGAAAAAUAAAUUUGCUCCCCUCACCCCUUGCUUGCCCGCGUGUUGGAGAACCUACGGUGGCCUUCAGGUGCCUUUGCUCCACAAAAUUCAAGCUGCCACUUCAAUAUAAAAAUGUGAAAAGUCUCUUCUGGACUUUGAGCCUUCCUGAGUGACUGCCAGAAAAUGCACGACCCUCCCUCCACCAUAAAUUAGUUGUUGGAUUUUUAAAAUUUACCCUUUGAUGUUUGAAGGUUGAAGACAAAAUCCUGGAGUUUUUUACUCUAGUCAUACAUGCUGGUCAAAUGGUUUAUUUUUGGCCAAAUUUUCAAUGAGAUGUAGGAUAAGUGAUUUUGAUAAUUUCACAAUUGAAGCUCAGAUUUGGUUAUGUGUUUUUUUUCUGAUGGAAGCCUUAAUUGCACUUGAUGUGUUCAAGGAACGUCAGAAAUUUGAAAAUCCAAUUUUUUUUUACAGUUUCUGGCCGUGAUAAAUGGUGUAUUAUUGGCAAUUUUUAAAGUAAACAUGUCUACCAAAUCUACCCGUGGGUUAAAAGAAAACAUGCCUUAGGCAUUUUUUUUUAAUUAGCGGCAAAAUAAAUAAUAAAAAUACAGCCAUUUCAAUUUUUAUGCCCCUCCUCUAAGCUAAGAUAAAAAACAUAUAAGCCCCUAUCCAGUACUUAAAAAAUCAUUUGACAUGCCUUCCCUUUUUGCACCACUCCCUCCCCUCUCAUAAAUGACGAACAGUCCUUAAUUAAAACAGUUAUUAAUAACUAUCCAUGUCUGCCAAUAUAUCCCCCUUAAUCCUAUAGAUGGCACCCUUAGAUGUACCUUAAUGUCAUUUGCCAUCAUUAAUUAUUUUAUCUAACAGUUAAUUAUCUAAACAGUCUGCAUCGCAGUUCUCGCUUCUCUAAAGCGGUUAGGCUGAUUAUCUCAUACUUAAAAAUUCUUGAUAAUCCAAUAUUCAUCUGGGCAGUUCUUGCGUACACAAAACCCACAUACUAUAAAGUUUAACACACUGCAUCCUCAAUUUUAUGUCAUAAUUAGUAUGAAUAGUAUCUCAGUAUGCAAUUUCCAACACAGCCUUUUUCUGACUACAGCAAUAUUGCGAAACCAAAUGUGUGUGGAUCUGAUGCUUACAGAAGAAUGUAGGGUCGAGGGGGGGGGGAACACCUGUAGGCAGCAAUGGAAGACUCUUGUCACACAACUGCCAACCUUUGACAACAACUUUUCCUCUGGUCUUGUCAACCUCUAUUGAGUCAUUUCUUUUGGUACGGCUUCAGUGAGUGUACAGUCAGUUGGCUUUGUGAAUCUCUACGUCCUGAGCGUGGAUCCAGGCUUGUCUAGUUUACAUCCAACCACAACCAUCUACCUUGUUUCCCUGUUUCUGGAGAUAGAAGCACAGCGAAACUCAGAGCUUGACUCGCGAACUGUGCAUGCGUGUAUGUGUGCGUGUGUGUGUCAGAGAGUAAUACAGGCCAUGUAUCAAUGAAAAAGCCUAGUUAAGUAAUGGUUUUCCUCACCUGAGCCAGAAUGAAGCACAAACAGCUACUGGCUACGUGCACGCAGGUGAGGCUCACUCAUUGGCUGAGCACACAACUGUCUAAUUGGGUCGUAAACAGGUGAGAGUCUGUCAUUGAGUAAACACACGUGAAACGUCUUGUUAUAUGGGAGAGACGAUAAAUACAAAAUUCUAGAAAAUAGAAUUGAGAAGCUACCCAGAGUCGACAAAACGCUGCAGCGUCAAAACAGUUUGGAGACUUGUGUCAUUUCUUAUUCCCACAUGAUGUGACUGCAGAAUAAACAAACUAAACAUGAGACUUUGCCACAAGCUCUCCACAGACUUGCAGAAAACAAGCACAAUGCAGAGAGGAUACGGCAGACAAACAAAAACAUCUCCCUCAAAAAUGCAGUUCAGUGCCACAAGUUUUCUGUCACCAACCUUUUCCCCAGAUUAACAGUCUGAUAAUGUUUUCACACGAUAUUUCUUUUUUAUACAUAUAAUUCUGAAGAGGAGUAGCAAGCUUCUCGUUUUUCGUAUUUGUAAUGUGUUCAUGUUCAACCUUGAACUUGAAGUUGGAGGCAGCCUGUCACUGAGGAGACAAAAAGCACAAGCAGUUUGUAUUCGUGAAGUGUUUUUUUUCCCCCCUGCUAUUACACUGUGGGGAAAAGAACUCAACCCCCGAUCCCUUAAACUGUGAAGGAAAGUGAACAAAAACAUGGAGGGGAAAUAAGUGAUUACAGCAUGGUCUGCAGUCACCUUCUGACUGCUGGCAGUGCAGUGUGGGUAAUCCUGUGCGUCUGUAGCAGCAGAUGAAACCAAAAAACACUGAUUUUUCUUCGCCACAUAUUGGAACACACACAUACAGUGAAAGACUAGGGCCAGUCUGACAGAUAUCGCUUUUCUCAACACCGAUGUGACGCAGACGAUCAGAUUCUUUACAUAUUUAAUUUUCAAUUGACUGAUUUUGUCCAUUUAAUCAAUACUAUGUCACACAAGUUUACGAGAGUAUGAUAUGUGCGGGGCUUUUGGUUCAGAGAAGUAAAAAAAACAAAAAACAGUUGGUUUGUAACAAAAAGGUGCAAAACUAAAUGUCAAAUUUCAGUAGAGGAUAUUAGUUAUUUGACGCUUCAAUCCCAAAAAUAUCUGCACUGGCCUUCAAAACCUGUCAGUCAAAUCCUAGUGCCUACAAAUGCCAACACACACACACAAAGUAUUAACAUCAGGCAAACCAAUCCGUCUUUUGUCUCUUCCUUACUUUAUUCUUAUCGGUACAAUGAGCCUGCCGCUUGUUAUUUUCUCGAAGCUCUGCUGUUGUGUUUGACUCGAUGACAAAAACCAGCAGAUCCCACAACAGCUCUGCACAAACCCUGAGCGAGGUGUCCCUUAUCGUGUUUGUACGCCCCGUCGAUCAGAGGACUCUAAUUUCUACUGAGUCAAACUUAAGCACAAGUCCUCACUUGCGUCGGCGGAUCUCGACGGUGUUCUUUUGUUUUCCCGGGGUUGAUGCUGUGAGGAGGAGAAGAGUUUACAACAGUCGAAAAAAACAUCAGGAAUUAAAAAACCACGGUGGUCACUUUACACGAAAUAUCUCGACCCGCUGGUCACUCAAAUGUUUUCAUGUCGUUUGUGUUUUAUUUACGUGAUGUGAGCUUGUCUUUCGCCUCAAGCUUCCUGGUUGUAAAUACCACUUGGGAACUCGCGUUGACGGCUUGAAGAAUUGUGAACAAGCCGUCAGCGGCGGUGGUAAUUCCCAUCAGACAUGAACGCAACACAAACAUUGCACAUAUGAUUUUUUAUUGGACUUGAUGUCAAAUUAUUGUCCACUUUGGUUUUAUUUGUCCUUCCAGGAAGCCUGAGCACUCACCCUGCCAUCUUGAAUUAGAUGUCGGCCAUAUUUGUUCCUAUGGAUACUUGCGUGUUUGAGUGUAUGUGUGCGUGUGUGUGCGCGUGCGUUGGGAGGGGGCCUCUGUAUGUAGCUCUUUACAUUAAAAAAGGAACUUUAUGAAAAAGUGUUAAGCAGCGUGGACGCUCACGCUUCAUCAGGACUGAGGCGGGUUCAAAACAGCAGUACAUCGAGGGGGUUAAAAAAAUAAAGUAUAUAUAUUAUUCUAUAUUGUGCAGAAUAUUUAUAGGCCUUUUGUGCCAUUGAAGUCAUGCUCUGCGCUGGCCACGCCCAGCGCUCUCUACCAUGUGAUCAUUAUACAUCGUCUUGUACCGAUGACCCGUGGUUGAUUUGAUUGUUUUUUCAUGUCAAGUGCAUUUUUCGCAAUAAAUGCCUUUGUUCUAAAACAGAUGUUCAGAGUCUUUUCUUUGCAUCUGCCUGCAGCUUUAUAACAGAGAUAACACAGGCAGCGGCCGGAAGCAACACACACUUGUGUACCCUGAUGCAUAACAAACACAUUACCUGUACAGCCCAUUAGGAUUUUACAGUUGCCCUUUGGAGGAUUCAUCCUGAGAAUCAUAUUAUAUCCUCCUCUAAUUAUAAUUAUCUGCACUCACAAUGUGCUCAUUAUGAGCUUAUGAGGCCUUAUGAGCAGCACUCCAGGUACAGCUGUCUGACAGAGUGUAUUACUGUCUUUAUCAUCACAGACAGACUAGUAAAGGAUGUUUAGGAAUACAGCUGACACUCUUUCUGUCUUUUCAUCCUUCCCUUCAUCUUCUCUCGUCUUUCUCUCCCUCUGUCUCUCCUGUGUUCUCACGCCAACACUGGCAUGGACGGGGUGUGUAAUUGGUAAUUUCAGAGCGUCGCCAGCACUCCCCUUAAAUGACAACCUCAUCUCU